AUGACUCCUCGCCGACAUAUUUCAAGACACAUAUUACUGGAUCCAAAUUUCAAUGAAAUAAUUCUUUCAGCAAUUAAAGAUGCCCACGAGCCCAAAAUCCUGGUAACCGGCUUUGGCCAAUUCCUCAACAUCAAAACCAACCCCUCUUGGGAAAUUGCCUCACUCCUACCAUCAACUGUUGAUGGCGUCCGGAUCAUCGUCCCUCCCGAGCCUCUUAAAGCAGAAUAUCAUUCACUUCUCGAAAUCACGAAACUCCUCGACGAGCAUCAGCCUGAUGUAGUCAUCCACAUAGGCCUCGCUGCCGAUCGUGACUAUUUCGCCAUUGAGAGAGGCGCGGAUAGAGACGGAUAUCAUCAGAUUCCGGAUGAGAAAAGGAAGGUUUUCACGAGAGCUGAGACGAAGAAAGUUUGGGGGAAAAGUCCGGCGAGGCUGGAUACUACACUGGAUGUUGAGGAGAUUUUGGGCAGGUGGAAAGAGAAUUUAGCCUCGGGUGCUGCAAAGUCGAAGGGUAAAGAGAAGCCCAAGCCAGUUGAUGUUAGAACCAGUGAUGAUGUUGGAAAUUAUGUUUGUGGUUUUGUUUACUAUACGAGCAUGGAAUGGUUCUGGAGGAAGUAUGGGGCACAAGGCGAGAGAAGGGUCUUGUUUUUCCACGUCCCGAAGCAGGAGGGUGGAUUUGAGCAAGGGAAAGAUGUUACUAUUGCGUUGAUCAAAGGUGUGAUUGGAAGUUGUGGGUUGUAG